UGUGUGGGAUUUUUUUCCUUUCCCAAAAUACCUCUAGAAUUGAAAGAUAAAGGGAGAAUAAUUUUUCUGCCUGUUCUACAGCCCUUGUCUCCCCCUCAUGUUGAGGAUGGGGGUGCUGGUGCCUCCUGCACUCCUGAGAAACACAAUGGGAUCAGUUAUAUCAGGUUGGGACCCAGGACCUCUGUAUCUUCUCCUGGCCAUCCUGCUUGGGUCUGGAUGCAGAAAUAGGAACAGAAUCAUUUUAUAGAAUUUCAGAGAGUCACAGAAUGGUUUGGGUUGGAAGGGACCGUAAAGCUCAUUUAGUUCCACCCCCUGCCAUGCACAGGGACACCUUCCACUAUCCCAGGCUACUCCAAGCCCUGUCCAACCUGGCCUUGGACACUUUCCACUGCCUCUCUGGAAAACCUGUGUCAGGGUCUUGCCACUCUUACAGGGAAGAAUUCCUUCCCAAUAUCCCAUCUAACCCUGCCCUCUGGCAGUGGGAAGCCAUUCCCCCAUGUCUUAUCAGUCCAUGCCCUUCUAAAAAAUCCCUCUCCAGCUCUCCUGGAGGACCUCUUCAGGUACUGAAAGGCUGUGAUAAGAUGAUCCCAAAGCUUCUCCGGGGUGAACAAGCCCAGUUCUCCCAGCAUUCCCUCAUAGCAGGGGUGCUUCAGCCCUCAAAUCAUCUUUGUGGCCUCCUCUGGGCUCACUCCAACAGCUCCAUGUGCUUCUUAUGUUUCAGUCCCCAGAGCCAGACACAGCUCUGCAGGUGGGGUCUCACCAGUGGAGUAGAGGGGGACAAUCACCUCACUUGCCCUGCUGCCCAUGCUGCUUGAAUUUGCAAGGGGGCUGCUUUUAAGACUGCAAAAAACAGAAAAAGAGAAGAUCCUUCCUUGCCCAUCCAUAAAUAUUUCAUUCUGAUAAUUUCUUAUUCAUUCCUUGGUUCACUGGGGGUGUAACAUUUCCUUUGCUGCCCUGGUGGCACAGAAGGCAGCCCAGCUCCUCGGCUCCUGGCCACGUCUUCCCCACUGAGUACAGCUCUUGGUAAACAAAAACUGGGGAGCACAGCCCUCCAAAGAGGACAUCUGGCCCUUGGCUGCAGGGAAAUGUGCAAGUCCUGCAGCCUCUGUUCCUGCAGGCAUUUGCCUCUGCUUGGCUUGGAGCACAGGAAUGAUCUGUUUGUUCCAUUGAGGUCAGCACUUAGGGGAUGAACCAUCCAUAUGCAUGAGUGUUCCAGUGGCAGGUCCCCAGUUAGGGUUUCCUGGCCCCUGUGAAGAGCUGGAAGAAGAGCACAUCUCCUGCCCAGGACUGUGAGGGCAGGCUGGUGCCAGGGUGGUUUCCAGAGCCCAGAUGUGCUCCUGUGCAGGGAAUGGAGGGGGUUUGGAGGUGGAUUUCCAUGUGCUGCUGUCAUCCAUGCGUGCCCUGGGCAGGGCAUGACCACCAGUCGCAGAUGUGUUGGUUUGGGUGAAGGCCUUGUUAAAGCCCUUGGUUUUUUCAGAGGUAGUGAAUGCUUCAAGGUCCCUUCUGGCUUCCUUUGCAGUUGUUGAAAAUCAGCAUUUUUGAAAUUUCAUUUCUCUAUGGCAUGGUUUUUUCCAUUGUCAACCAGGGCUUAACAUGGUGACUGUUUGUUAGUAAUUUCUUUGUAGACAAUGGUGCAAGAUGCCCUUGAUCUAUAGACCAGGAUUUUAUUAUUUUGUCAUAUACAUUUUUGGUAGAUUUCUUCUGCUGCUUCGGAACAAAUGGCACCAAUCUCUCUGUAUCCAGUUGGGAAUACAUUUUAUUCUUUAGCAAAAUGUUGUUGUAAUAAAAUGUUUUUGUUGGUUAAAAUACCCUCUGCUUUAUUUGUAAGCCACAAAUGUGUCUUCCCAUCUUGACUCCCACAAAAGAAGAAAUUUUCCAGUGUGUCUGAAGUUUGUUAGUUAAUUCAGUAUAAUGCCAAUCAGAUAUUCUCUGAGAAUUGCAUAAAUAAUAUUUUAGGCCCCAUGUUUUGCAUGUCUGUGUAAUAUCCAGCAUAAUUUUCAAGAUCGUGGUUCUUGAGGAUGGAAUUGGAGGAGAGAAUGUUUGAAGAGGAUUUGUAAUAUUUACUGCAAUAAAGAAAUUUAGGGAUUACUCAAAGAUCCUGUCAGUAUUUGGGUCAGAAAUAUAGCCCAAAGGUAUUAGUAUGAUAGGCAAGUUUAAGCAUUAGACUGUAUUAGUGAUUUAGCUAUCAUAAUAGCACAAUAGUCCAUCAUGUGAUGGCUUGUGCACGAAACAUUUACUGUGGAUUAGCCGGGAAAAAUGCUCAAGCUGUCUUGCAAACAGGCCAGGGAAGGUGACUGUUCCUCCUUUCAGUGGAUCUGUCCUGGAAGGGGGUGUAUUGGAGGGGAAGAAAUCUGUUGUUGUAGCAGAGGAAAGCAAAAUUGUUUCCAUCUGAGUUUUUUAAUUCAAAAAAUAAAAUGUUGCCUCUGUAGCAGUGGUCAGCAAAAUGAGGAGCAGUUGAGCUAUUCCUUCUUUGAAAAGGAAUAUUUGAGCAUGAGCAGCCUGUCAUAAUCUGGGUUAUGUUUCUGGGGAGCCAUUUUAAUAUCUCCUCUGAAAACAAUGACUCUAUAUGGAAAUUUUUAUUACAUUCCGAAAUAACAAUUUUCUGUGCCGUGAUUCCAUCUAAAUCCCUUUGCCUAUUCCAAGUGUAAAAAAGCUUAAUCUACAUGAAUGUUGAAAUGUUUGUGAACAUUUUCCUAUUUCAUAAACACGUACUUUUUCCAAAGGAAGCUGGAGAUAAUGGGCAAAAUUCUACUAUUCUUUUUGCUUUGUUAGGCCAGGCUUUAGAUCCUUUCAUCCUCCCCUCCUUCUCAAUGACCUGUGCUAGGGUCUUAAAAUUAUACAUUCCAGAUUACACCUCCACAAUUUUCUGUCCCGAGAUGAUGAAAGGAUUUGCGUAUUAUGGUAAUAUUAUAAAAAAUCUUUUUGGAGCCUAGUUAGCGUGGCUAAUUUGUAGCUACAAAAAAAAAAAAAAGUCAUUUCCAACGCAAAUUAUAAUAUUCAUAAAGUGCUAAACAGAUACCUAACUAAUUUCUGACCGCUCUCGUAUUCCCGAGUAUCUUGCACUGGCCUUUUUUAGGCCUGUCUGCUGGCUCCCAUUUAAUUUGUCCUUAGCUGUGUGCAGUGGAUUAGCAUUUCAUCAGGUUGGAUUAAGAUUGAGCUGACACUGAAGCUUUCUUUUUUAUUUUUACAUGCGCCUGCGUGGGGCCGAGCGGAUCCGCGCACGUUCCGCUAUCCCACUGCCCGUCCCCGCUGGGUGCUGGGACAGCUUCCCCCAGCACGUGACGGGGAGACAACCAAAACAGAGGAAACACAUGUUAAAAAAAAAACAAGUUAAAAACAAACAAGCAAAAAAAAAAAAAAUCAUCAUUCCCUGGGGGAAAGAUUGCAUUGAGGUUGCUGGCUGGGUCAGUGCGUGAGAUUUCAUCGGGCUAAAAUGAUGUCACAUGGAGCGAGGGCUUUAGUGGUUUUAUUUAGCUCCUAAUCCCCACACACUGCUCGGCCAGUUGUCCAUGUGCGCUCGCCGUCCCCAGCGGCACAGGAUAAAGCAUCUGGGCUGAGCGCGGCCGCUCUCCUGCGCGGCUGCAGCGCACGGCCAGGGGCAGCCCCUCCGCCGGCCGCCGCAUGCUCUGCCUGCUAAGGUUACCGAGGAUUAAUAAUUCAGGCGAGCUCGGAAAGGCAAAACCGCCAGCCUCUGGUUUCUGAAGUCCCAGGAGGGCUCAGGCGCAGCACGGCCCGGUUUGGAUGCGUGCCGGAGAAGCACUGAGAAGGAAGGCACCUCCUCUUCUCCGUGUCAGCGGGAGCAAGCAGCCUCGUGGUGAUGCCCAUCCCCAGCAAACACCCCAACAUCGGCCGCUCGCAGAGCUGGGAUGCUGCUGGCUGGUAUGAGGGAAACUGGGAGAGCGAGAACGCCUUCGAGUACCAGAGGCCACCGGGCCGGAGGAGCUCCCUGACCUAUGGUGGUGAGGGCGGCUGGUACGAGCCACCGCGGGCAAAUGAUAUCAUCUUGCAGGGCGGUGCAGAGCUGAAGCAAGAGGCGUACCCGUACCAGGAUGCCACCUUCACGCCGGGGCCCCUGAGGAAGGGCUCUGUCCCCGACUUCGCCUACUGCGACCGGCCGGCGCCCAUGGCAGGCCGGGGCUCUCUGCCACCCCAGGAUUACUACAGCGACCCGUCGCUGUCGGCGAGGUCACCCAAGGACCCCCGCUGCUACCGCGACCACGUGGCGGGCAGGCCGCUGGCGAGCUAUGGGGCGCCUGGCAGCCGGCUGUCCUGGGACCAGACUGCCGUGCGCCCACCUGCCCCACCGGAUGCCACCCGCCUCUACAGAGACCCCAAGCUGGCCCUGGAUGGGCAGCGGAUGCGUGGCAGAGAUGUCUCCCCAGCGUGGUACGGCACGGAGCCCCCCGGCCCGCGGUACGCAGCAGAGCCGCCUGCCUUCCCCAGCAGGCCGGGCUACAGCGAUGGGGCAGAGCGGGCUCCCGAGGCGGCGGCGGCGGCCAGGCAAGCCGUUCCCACCUGCCUGGUGGUGGAUCCCACCACCAGCACCGGCAGCAGCUACGGGCCAGGCAGGGAGAGCACCGGCGCCAAAGGUCCCUAUGACAGCUACGAGGCGGCAGUGGCGACGCCUUCCCACCCGCCGGUGCCCCCUGCCUUCCCUGGGCCGGAGGGCAAGAGGAGCUUUGACCCCGAGUUUGUGGCACUGCUGCGUGCAGAGGGCGUCUCGGAAAGCACCUUUGCUGCCCUGCUGCAGCAGGGCUUCGACUCCCCAAACCUGCUGGCCAUGAUGGAGGAGAACGACAUCAAGUCGGUGGCACCCAACCUGGGGCAGGCCCGCGUGCUGUCCCGCAUCGCUCACAACUACAAGGCAGAGAUGCAGCUGCAGAGACAGGAGCGCAGGAGCGGGGCACUGCGCCCCAGGACCCGCUCCAACAGCUUCAGCCACCGCAGUGAGCUCCCAGCAGAAUAUGGGGUGCCCACCGUGGAUGGCCCUGGCACCUCACAGCACCCACCGCCGCUGCAGCCGCUGUCCCCAAGAGGUGUAGAGAUACACCGCCGGCCAUCCAGCGCCCCGACCCAGCACCUGCUGGAGACCACCACCUACCCAGCCCCCGCGGGGGCUCCUCAGGGGCCGCACUUCCUCCCCGGUUCGGGAUACAACACCCCCCUGCCUUGCAGCACACACCCGCGUCCCGCCUCUGCCUACUCUGCUCCGGUCGGCUUGCCCAUGAUGGCGGCCAACCCGCACGCCAGCCCCAAGACGGCGUACCCCACCACCUACACCGUGCCCAUGGAGCUGAUGAAGAGGGAGCGGACAGCGGUGGCGUCACCGGCACCCAGCCCCCACAGCAGCCCCCAGCUCCUCCGCCGGCCGGGGACAGCAGGGGACAGCAGCCUGGCACCCACUGGACCCACCUUCCCUGCCCAGGUCUCCCCGUACCCGAAGCUCAGCAGGCGCACGGGGCCCCCCGUCAUCGUCUCCACCAUGGCGUCACCUGAACCAAGUAUCCGCCCGCAGAUCAUGAACGGCCCCAUGCACCCCCGGCCCCUGGUGGCGCUCCUGGAUGGCAGGGACUGCACCGUGGAGAUGCCCAUCCUGAAGGACCUGGCCACCGUGGCCUUCUGUGACGCACAAUCAACUCAGGAGAUUCACGAGAAGGUGUUGAAUGAAGCUGUGGGGGCCAUGAUGUACCACACCAUCACCCUGACCCGGGAGGACCUGGAGAAGUUCAAGGCCUUGCGGGUCAUCGUCCGAAUAGGCAGCGGCUACGACAACAUCGACAUCAAAGCCGCCGGGGAGCUCGGGAUCGCCGUCUGCAACAUCCCCUCGGCGGCCGUGGAGGAGACGGCCGACUCCACCGUGUGCCACGUGCUCAACCUGUACCGGCGGAACACGUGGCUGUACCAGGCGCUGCGCGAGGGCACGCGGGUGCAGAGCGUGGAGCAGAUCCGCGAGGUGGCCUCGGGAGCCGCCCGCAUCCGCGGAGAGACGCUCGGCCUCAUCGGCUUCGGUCGCACUGCGCAGGCGGUCGCGGUCCGAGCCAAGGCCUUUGGCUUCAACGUGAUCUUCUAUGACCCGUACCUGCAGGACGGCAUCGAGCGCUCCCUGGGCGUCCAGCGGGUCUACACCCUGCAGGACCUGCUCUACCAGAGCGACUGCGUCUCCUUGCACUGCAACCUCAACGAACACAACCACCACCUUAUCAACGACUUCACGAUUAAGCAGAUGAGGCAGGGGGCGUUCCUGGUGAACACGGCCCGCGGGGGGCUGGUGGACGAGAAGGCCUUAACCCAAGCCCUGAAGGAGGGACGGAUACGAGGGGCCGCGCUCGACGUGCACGAGUCGGAACCAUUCAGUUUUGCUCAAGGCCCAUUGAAAGAUGCUCCCAACCUGAUCUGCACCCCACACACAGCCUGGUACAGCGAGCAGGCGUCCCUAGAGAUGAGAGAAGCUGCUGCCACCGAAAUCCGGCGUGCGAUCACAGGGCGCAUCCCGGAGAGCCUAAGGAACUGCGUGAAUAAGGAAUUCUUUGUCACGACGGCCCCGUGGUCAGUAAUAGACCAGCAGGCGAUUCAUCCCGAGCUCAAUGGUGCCACGUACAGGUAUCCCCCUGGAAUGGUCAGUGUGGCACCAGGAGGAAUCCCAGCAGCUAUGGAGGGCAUCAUUCCUGGAGGCAUCCCUGUCACCCACAACCUUCCCACAGUGGCACAUCCUUCCCAAGCUCCAUCGCCCAACCAGCCCACAAAACACGGGGACAACAGGGAACACCCCAACGAGCAAUAGCAGAUAAUUUAAAAACCAUUCAAUAAACUUAGGACCAAGAGACGUUGGAAAAGAAGUUAUACAUGAACUAAAAGAGAAGAAUUUGAUACGAAAUUUGUAAUGUUGAUUUUGGACAGAGGCAUCAUUGAUGUUCCAGUGUUCCCGACAAAGCAGCCAAGACUGGGGAGAAGCCCUGGAGAAGUCACCUGCUCCCUGCAGUGCUGAAAACUAGGAUGUGAUACAUUAAUGAGCAACUUCUGUUAUUGUGUGUUGAGUUUCCUUCAUCUGUGCAUCAAUCACAUGAAUAAAAAUGAAUUUCUUUUCCCCCCUCAGUUCCUUGGGAAGGACAGGGCUCCUGCACUGUGUCCAGGCCACUGAAUUAAGCCAUCUUUACAGAGUUAACAAGAAACCAUUGUGUGGCUUCAGCCCUUUCCUUUCUCUUGCAUCUGGUGACCUCUCCUAACAGGGGGCAGCAGUCCUGGCUUAGAAGUGGAAGAAAAAAAAAAAAGGAAAUACUCCUCCUCCUCCUUUUUGCAGUGGCCAGUGCCGUGUAACAGAAGCUCUCCUGCCAGGUCUAAGUUCCAGCCAUUCCAGCUGGGAUCUGUGGGAUGGGAAGGGCAGAAAGGGCUCCUGGCAGUGACCACUGCCCUCCCAGGCUAAGGAAAACCAAACUGCCAGUCUCUUCUCUGCCCAAUACACUGAAUAAAGUAGCUGUGCAUCCACCUACGCCCUGCAAUGAUGCAAGAAAAAAAUAAAAGAAAAAAAAAAAGAAAAAAAAAAGGAAAAAAAAAGAAGAAAGUAUUAAGUUUCACACACUAUUUGUACUCAGAUAUAUUUUCUCAGUUUUAAAUCUGCAGCUAUUUUAUCAAGUGGAAAAAGUCUUGAGCUGGAAAGGGUUCAAGAAUAAUGUUGCAUUUCCUUAUGUCUCAGGAAACACUUUUUAUGGUAACUUGUCAGACUGUCUAUGAACAAAAUCCACUUUUUUAGACAUUGAUAAAAGUCUUCUUUUCUUCACGUGAUAUUUUAUACAAGAACACUUCAAGAUGUGUUAUUAGAUGUGACUGAUUUUAACAAAUCCUAUUAGAUUUGUAUCAACUAGUUACAUGUUAUAUUCAUAGUCUUUUGUGAAUCACCGCCUUUUGUUUUUAAAGAUGGCCUGUUUUGAGCCUUUGUAUGGGUACAUUCCUGUUUCUGUGACAAAAAAAAAGAAAAAAAAAAAGAAAUCUUGAGCUGUCCCAAACAGACAAAAAAGAAACCAAUGGCUAUCAGUAUGUUUUGGUUUAGUGUGUUACCGUUACUGUAUUUGUUUAUUGUAAAGGUGGACAUUUAGCGUUCAGUGCAGUUUUCAAUAAAAAGUGAUAAAAUUUCUAUAAUUUCUGAAA